UCGGCACCGGAGCCCAAAGACGCUGAAGCAAAGCGCAGGUGCAGGAGAAGAUUGCCCUCUUCCUUCGCCUCUCCAGCUCGCGCAUACGCCAGCGCCAGGUGGGAUCGCGCAAUUCGGACACACACGAGGGCCCGAGGGAGGGAGGAAGAGCGAGAGUGAAAGACUAAUUGGGUGAGCGAGUGGAAGAGCGCAGCAUCAAAAGCUGGUCCUAAAGUGAACCGAAAGCGGUGAGUUGCUUUGACUUAAAUCCAAACCUCGGCACAGAUGUUCUCCUGCUAGCAACUCUUAGCAACUCUUCUCUCUCUCUCUCUCUCUCUCUCUCUCUCUCUCUCUCUCUCGAUCGUCUCGAUCGAUCUGAGCUGAUCUCGCUCUCGCGGUAGUACAGCGAGAGAGGUCGGUCGAUCGAUCGAGAGCGGAGCUUGGAGGAAAUUCUUGGAGCCGAGGCGCGAUCGACAUCGUCGGGGCAGCGGUAGGAGGAGAGAAGGAAGGAGAUGGGCAAGAGCGGGGUGAUGAAGAUGGCGGUGCUGGACGGGAUCAUGUCGUUCUUCUGGACGCUGAUAACAUCGUCGAUAGGGGCGGCGGCGUUCGUGAUCGAGAGGUACACGCAGUACGAGGGCGAUCGGACGCCGAUCGUGUACGCGCUGGUGCUGGUGGUGAACCUGGUGUUCGUCGAGUUCUCGUUCAAAUUGGGCGGGCCGGCCUGGAACCCGACGGCGCCCGUUGCCUUCUACGCCGCGGGCGCCAGCGACGACACGCUGCUGACGCUGCUGGUGCGCAUGCCCGCCAUGGCAGCGGGCGCGGCCGCGGGGGUGCUGACCGCGACCAGCCUCAUGCCGGCGCCCUACCGGCCGCUCAUGGGGUCGGGCCCCAACUUGAAGACCGACCUCUGGACGGGCGCUCUGGCGGAGGGCGGCCUCACAUUCGCCAUCAAUCUCAUCGUGCUGUAUGUCGUUCUGCGCGGGACCAGCAAUCGGUUCCUGCAGACGCCUUUGAUUGUGGCCUGCGCUCUGGUUCUCGUGCAGCAAGGCGCCAAGUACACGGGCCCUGCCAUGAAUCCUUCCGAUGCCUUCGGCUGGGCCUACCUCAAUAAGACCAGUUCGGUGUCCGAGCAGCUCGUGGUUUAUUGGCUCUCUCCCCUGCUCGGGACUGUGGCAGCUGCCAUGGUUUUCCGAGGUGUGUUCGGGUCCCCUCGCGAUAACGCGGCCGCCGCAGCCAAGGCCAAAGAAGCUUGAGUUUCGAGCGCGCGAUUCAUGACGACCACGGACGCGAAAGACGGGAGAAAUCCGCAUCAUCGUCAUCAUUUAUCAUCGUAUGCUGAACUUCGGAGGAGAAGAAGAGGCUGACUGAGAUUCGUGUGCGUCCGCUUGCCGUCGAUACUCUCGAACCGACCUCGUUACGCACACGGCUUUCUUUUCUCAUUCUCGGGGCUUUCAAGGUAAUUACAAUCAGCGGGUACUGGUUCUGCCACUCUUCUCACUUUCUGGAGCAAAUUGAGUGAGCGACGUUGUCGUCUGGCUUCGUCUGUAGUACUAGUUGUACGACAUGUGGGAGAUGAAGAUUGGUCAGAGUCAUAGAACCUCGCACGAUAGAAUUAGGGUAGUGUAGAUAGAUUCUGUGCUCUGCACUUAGGAGGUUACUCUUAUUCUUGCAGUCCUGAUACUGUAGUUCGCAACCCUGUCACCAUCAUCAUCAUCGGCCAGAGCCAGAAACUUUAUGUAUAAAAGUCAUCGCAAGGGUGGGGUUGUUUCA